UAAACAUUACACAAGCGGUUUUUGAGCGUGUCAGACCCACCUGUUGUUACACAACCCCUGAUAUAACAAUUGACUAAACUGCAACUAAUAGUCUACUUUCUUGUAGUUCAGCGGUUUUACUAUCACGCGAGGAAACAGCAGGUGGUGUGUAAGUUGGGAAGAUGCUGAGGGCUAUGGGUAAAAUGGUGUUUGGAGGUUUCGAGAAUCCAAAGUUUACUCCUCAAGACAGCAAGGGAGAGGACUAUGAGGUGCGGACCUAUCACGCCACACGGUGGGUCAGUACUACGGUCAGUGGCAUGGAGCAGGAGGAGGCCUUAAGCACUGGCUUUAAGAGACUCUUCAGAUACAUCCAGGGAAAUAAUGAAAAGCAGGUGAAAGUGGACAUGACUGCCCCGGUGACCUGCCUCAUUAAUCCUGGAGAGGGACCAUCAUGUGAGAGCUCCUUCUCUGUGUCCUUUUACCUCCCUGAGGAGCACCAGGCCGAGCCCCCCAAACCCAGCAUUCCUGAAAUCUUCAUCGAGAACAGGAAGGAGUUCACCGUGUUCGUCAGGACAUUUGGAGGUUUUGCUAACAGUCAGAACACCCGCGAUGAGCUACUAAAGCUAAUUGAGAGCUUGAAGAGGGAUGGAAUGAGAUUCAAAGAGGCUCCCUACUACCGCGUGGGCUAUGACAGUCCCGUCAAGCUUGUUAACCGCAGGAACGAAGUCUGGCUCAUACAGGAGGAGGGAAAGGAGUGAGUUUACAGGGUGCAUAGGAAAAAAGGUCAAAAUUUUGUUUUAGAUAUUAUUAUUCUGAAUUAAACUGUUGUACCUGUGGUUGUGUAUUUAUACCCACAAGUGCCUGAAAAAGUUAAUGAGAAUGUGUUGAUUUUAAUAUUCAUGAAUUAAUUAAGAGACUUCUGGUUCCCAUAUAUUCACUUCAAUAAUAUGUCUAGUAUGAGACCAAGUACCAUAAAAUCCUUAGGUAAUUUGUUGUAUCUACCAGUACUGUAGAGCUACAGUGUGUGUAACUGUCUACAUUUUUUUUUUUGAGUGUCUUGGUGGUUUUUUUGUGUGACAUUGAAUGAAUUAUUACAGAUUUUUAGCCAGGUGAGAAAUUUUGUGAUUUUUAUUGCCCAGACAGCACUAGAAGAUUUAUACAACCCUAACAGAUUUUUUUUUUGUCCUACAUUGCCGUUCAGUCAUCAGACCCCCUCACUACAAGAUUUGCCCAGUAUUAAAAAAUUUCUGCAAUUUCAUGCUAAUUCCUGAUUAAACUCAUGCAACAACAUGGCGCAACAGAAAAGCUUUCAACUCUAUGAUUGGGAAAUCGCAAAUUUGAAUCUCAACCAUGCCACAGCCAUCUGAACAGGGUGGAUGGUACUUUUCUCUGAGUGUGUUGUUACACUGCCCUGUGAUGCAGCAUAAGCAGCAUCUCUUUGGCUGGCAUCACAUGUCUCGGGGGAAGCAGAUGUUAGCCUUCACCCUCCCUGGUUGGUAGGAGAGAGCUGGCUGGUGGCUGGGAAUUGGCAGGUGACCAAAUUCAGUAGAAAAUGGGGGUGGGGACAAUUCAGUUCAGCUGUCAUUGGUUAUAAGUAAUUCAAAUAUGAUGUCAAGAUUGUGUUUUCAUGAGACUGGCUGUGUUCCAGCACACUACUAGAGGUUUUGAAUAUUGAAUAUGUUUAAUGUUUAUGCUUUUAGAUCAAGCUAGACAUGAGUGUGCAGUGAGUACAUUGGAGGGGUUAAUAUUAGAUUGUACCCAAUCCACACCACAGGAUAGUCUGGUAGGGUAACUAUUUAUGACCAGUUUAAAAUCAAGACAAAUUUUGUGAACACCAGCCCGAUUAUCGUCUAGUGUGGCCAGGCAUUAUGCAUCAAUAAUCGUAUAACCAGCUUAAUGUGAACACUAACACAUUCCUAUUACUUCCAAGAUAAAGCCUUUAUAUACUAUGAGACUGCACUCUUAAAGACACUUCAAAGAUUUAAUCAUAAUUUCAUAAAUGAAAUUCUUUAAAUUUGUUAUUGAUUAACUGAAUGGAAAAUGAUACACCUACAAGAAUGGAGGAUUUUUGGAAUUAAUUGUUGUAACAUUACUUAUUCUGUAAUAAAUAUCACUGUUUUACAUGUAUAA